CAUUUUAGACAACCAUAUCCUAAUUACCUGCUGUGUCGGCGCAUCAACGCUGGGUAGAGGCGCAAACAGCCCAUGUAGCAGGGCGCCCCACUAUCAUGGCGCGUUGAAACGCGGUUCCGUUGAGAAAAUCGUCACCGUCAACCACACCUUGGCCGGAUUUCUCGCUUCAUUACACCAUUGCUUUGGCUUUGAAGUGUCAAGUGCAUCACCCAUCGAUGAGCGACUAGCGAUGCGGUAGCCAUAAUCACAAAAAUAUGGACAUCCGUCUACGACUCACCAUCCGGCGACAUGGCGUGCCCGAGAUCAAGCUUGUCUGGCCGUGCACAGCAUCUGACGACUUGACGAUCGCCUCGUUACUCGCACAAAUCAACGAUGUCGUGGUUCUGGAAAGCGGUCAAUGGGGGCUCGAGGACUAUGCCGUGGAACUCGCAGAUGUCUCGGGCAACAGCUUCGAGUGUCUGCACUUCCAGCCUGUGCGCAAGGUCUUCAAGCAAGACGACCAAGUCCUCAUCCGUUCGCUCUCCACUGAGGACGUGAAACAGCGCCGUGCUAGCGGGCGACAUCAAAUCUCGAGCGACGGCAUCCAUUUGGUAGAUGGUAUCCCCUUUGGUCGUCGACGAGCUCCGCCUGGCCGCCCACAGCUCGAACUGCCCCCACGAAAAAGAGCACGCAUCGUGUACGACGCAGACGAGGACGAGGACGACUCGGUAGAAGAGGAUGCCCUAGAGCGCAUGCUUCUUGAAGACACGCCGAGAGCAUCCGAAAAGGUCGACCACUUCCGCUCGAAUGUACACAAUGCAGACGUGGAGGAGGAGGACGAGCCUGAUCAAGACUAUGCCACCGAAAACGACGCCGAGGUCGACGCUGACGACUAUAACAUGGACGAAGAUGAAGAUCUGGAGGAGGAGAUCCGACUGCUCCAGGCAGAUAACGAUAUCAUCGGGGAUCAUUUCUUUGACAGCGAGGAGGAGCAGAACCCGCAGCCCGAACUACCUCGACUCAGUCCACAAGCAGCAAAGGCUCCGAGCAGCCAGCCACUGUUACAGGAGAUCACUCCCGCAGCUGUCAAUGCUUUACAAAUGGCAUUCCCCUCGACGCCAGCGUCUGCUAUCCGAGAUGCUCUGCAAAACCACCAAACCGAUAUACACAAUACUUAUCGAGAUCUAUCCACCAAGGAUGAUCCAACCAUGUCCUUUGACAAGGUUCUUCAGAGCUUCCUGGCCGAGCGAUUUGCCAACACCAAGUCGUCCCCCGGGCCAUCGUUACUACCGGAAACUCCAAAGGUCCAGUCACGCCCACUGAUUCAGGUUGUUGAGGCCGACGACCCGCUAGGCUCGGGCAGUCCCCUAUCCAACGAUGUCGAUGAUGGUGAUGCGGUAGACGCCUCUUCGAGCUCAGCCGAGACGUCCAGCAGCAGCGACAGCGACAGUAGCUCGAGCGAUGAGGCGAGUCUGCGGGGUCAUGACAAAGAGGAGAGCGACUUGAGUGAUGACGAAAGCUCUGAUAGUGACUCGGAUGAAUCACAUGCAGUCACGUCGCCAGAAGCAAGCAUGUCCGCGGACGGCGGAGUUCCAGCGCAAGAGAGCUCAGCCAGCGACAGCAGUUCAGACUCUGAGGCCGGAUCGGACAGUCAGGCGAGCUCCGUUGUUGAGCCAAACUCGAAAUCUCAGCACGGCCACCGGACACUACGAGAGCAUGUCUCCAUGAUCCCUGUCGAGCAGAACGAGCAGAAGAAGUCCAAACGCAGGAAUUCUUCCAGUUCUAUGAGCAAAGACGUCGGACGCAAUCCCAUGUCGGCAAUAUCCGGACGCCAGAAGAGACACAAGAUCGAGGUUGUCUCCAGCAGCGACAGUUCAGAUUCAGAUGACGCUUCUAGCUCCAGCGACGAUAGUGAAGACUCCGAUGAGGCAAGCUCUGAUUCGGACUCUUCGCCCGACGAACUCUCUACUAAGAAGCCCCCUGCCAAGGCGACAAUCGUGCCUCCGGAUGCUGCACAGACAGAGACUGCAAGGCCCGCGCAGGCGACGGUUCCACGGGGCCAGGGCAUGACUAAAACGCAGAAGCGCAAUGCGCGACGCAAGUUGGCAAAGCAGCAUGCAAAGGCCGCUCGAGCCCCGGCGUCAACUUCGGAGGCUGAUGAGCUUGCUGCUCGUAAGAAGGCCUUGCUGAGCGCUGUGUCACAAGAGGAAGACACUCAUGCCACGGAUCAGAGUGGGCAGCUGGGCCAGGCGGGUAUGACAGAGGUCGAUGAACCCCACGAAUGUCAGGACCCUGUGGAAUCGGCCGACAUCUCUCAGGACGUGCCGACCGAGCUAAGCUCGGUGGACAUGGAGGUAGAUGCAGAUGCAAACGCCGAGGAGCCCGUUGGCGUUCUCAACCAAGCAGCGGUCUCUGAGGAUACGGCAUCGGUCGAUACCCCCCGGCGUCGUGUGAAGAUGGACAAGGACGCUGGUCGACGGCUACUUUUCGGCGCUCUGGGACUCAAAAAUCCAAAGAGCAAGGCCGACGAGGAGAAGAUCAAGGAAAAGUUGAUGAAGGAUGUUCGGCCGCUUAAAAACCAUCGACAGGAGGAGACGACGCAGCAACAGCAUGGAACUCCUCCUGUCGAUGCCGACGGAGAGGAAGAUGACAAUGAGGAUUGGCGCGCCAAAAUCACCUACCGUGCCGUUGAAUGCUGCCAUGAAGGCAUGCAGCUGAGUGAGCCGCCGUUCCCAUUCGUGCAACGAUGGGAUCCUCAGCAGCAGUACGGGGCGAUGCGCAAGCGAAAGCGCCAGUCCCAGGAGUACUAUCAAGACUACGAUUAUGAAGAUGGCUACGACGACGAAUCCUACAACUACGAAGGAUACGAGGAAACCCACACGCCCAAGAAGUCAAAAAAGUCCAAGAAGAAGUCGAAACAGAACGGUGAUGCCAACGACGAAAGCAUGGUCGAAGACAAUAUUGUGCUCAACUACGAUGAUGCGCCAAAGAAGACACCGGCUGGUGAAAGCCAGUUCACAGACUACGAUGAUUUGCCGUCACUCCCGCCUGAUGUUACCACACUUGCACCACUGACCUUGGACACGGUCACGUCUGGUAUGGUGAUUUGCUGGAAGGAACUACAAAUGUCCAAGGCCACAUCAUGGCAACCCACGAUGGCUCUGGUUACUGCCUUGGUCAUCUCUGUAGAGGAUAACACCAUCCACGUCAUCUUGGCGAAGCGUGAUCGCCCCGAGGAUGACCGCGAGUACGACCAGACCACCGGCAAAAGGAUUUACGAUAAAUUCGAAGCCCCAGACAACUCGGAUGACGACAUGGGAAAUGAUCUAGAGCACGAGGGUCACAGAUGGGUGAACUGGUCAGACAUGGUCGAGCCACGCGUUGUGCAGAGCGCCCCAUCGCCAAGGAUAGCCAACAGCCCUGGCCCGGAAGCCGAUGACCAACAUACAUCCAUAGAGCCGACUAUCGAGGUGGAAUCAGCCCAGAUUACUGAUAGCGUCGACAAAGACCCUGCCAAUGGGGAAGAAGAAGACAUUCCUACCGUUUCAUCUAUCCCAUCUGGCCAGACUUUUCCUCGGUUCGAACCCCUGGACACCACCAGUGCCUUGGACAACACGGCUGUCAGUAGCAGGACUGACGAUUCCCAGGCUCAAUCAGGCAGUGACGGAGCACUAAGACAAAGGCCUCAGGGCCCUCAAGCUAUAGUGGAGGACUCUCAGCCGCCUCCCGUGGCCAGUGAAUCGGCACAGAUGUCCAGAGAUGAACGAUUCCAGCCACAGCAAGAGCAAGCCCUCAGUCCCGGAUCCGAAGAGUCUGUGCUGGCAGAGAAUUCCAACCCGUCAGUCAAUGUCACCCUAGCUAGCCCGGGGCAAGAGCCAGACGAGCGCCAAAGCCCCCUUGUGGAAUACCCGCAGCUCCCGCCCUUCCCAUCAUCGGCCGGCAGCCUCCGUAGCGGACGACAGCCCAACCCAGAGGAUGAAAUUAUGAACGAUGCUGGCGAUGGUGACGAUACAGUGAUCCAUCACGACAUCGGCUCACCAGACGACGAGGCAGACGCAGUUGAUGGUGAAGAGGACAACAUGCGACCCCAUGGAAGCAGCUCGCCGCUCCCUUCGCUGGACGAUACAUGGCUCACGGCAAAGACUACCAAGAGCUCACAGAGCCCACUCAAAUCAUCUCAGAUGUCUGCCCUCUCCAAGCGAAAAGGCCCCAAGUCCGGCUAUGAGGAGGCAAUGGAACGCUUGGACGAAGGAGACGAAUCGGAGCUGUCGCCUGAUCGGAACACGUCGAUUAGAAGUCUCUUCCCCAAUGCGACACAGCCAUCGCCGGCGGCACUGGGUGUGUCCGCCGACCGCGGCAUCGCGAACAGCAAGCAGGAGAAGUUUGCGGGCCGCCGUCGCUUGUCUCCGUUUCAGCUUCCGGAAGGCAGUCAGGUCAUUGAGCUCAUCUCUAAUCCAGUCUCGCCGCGACCUGUCGAGCAUUAUCCCGAUGACAGCAUGGACGAAACGUACCAGGAUGAGGAGGAUGAGGAGGGUUCGUCGCUGCCGCAUGGCUCCGGCUGGGUUCAAAAGAAUAAGGUGAAGAGAGAGUCCCGAAGGCCAAACAAAGAUUCGUCUGCCGCGCUCUCCUCUUCACCGGCCGGUGGCACACGAGCAAAGAACAGAUCAUUGCCCUGGCCAUCAAGCGCGGCACCGGCAGGACAAGGGCGCAGAAGGAUGAGCAAGAAAUUUUGAGCGAUGAAGGAUGUGUGAUACCCUUGAUUGAACCUGGCUUUGUGGUAUUUAUUUAUGUAACAGCAAACGGGCUCAUUGCGCCUGCGAUCUUGAUCAGGAGCAAAGAUUUAGGAUGUAUGGGAUGGCCAUUGUCGUGGUUGCCUGAUGGCUGUCUUGAGUGAUCAUCACAUGCAACUAACAUGCCAAUCAACAAACACAAUUGUUCACACAGAUCAAAUCACCUUGAGGGUCACGUUAUGCACGAAUCACCAAGCUUUUUUAUUUGAGCACAUGCGCCACAUCUCGGCGUUGACCCAAAAUGUUCAUGGCCCUGGUCGACUUCCUGUUCUAGGAUAGUCCCCGCGUGAGAGAGCGGUGAAUUGCGGGGGGUUGCCCCUUGCGCGCGCGUGCUUUACAAAAGACGGCUGGCGCUGCUGAGCCGCCAAGACGGA